AUGUGGUCGUCAAAAUCUAGCUCUAAGGGACACCGUGAUUCUGGAAAGAUUGAUACAGACUCUUCAAACAAUGAGGGUAACUUCAGAGAAAUUUUACGUUACCGUGCCAAGGGUGAUAUUGAAAUGCAAACUAAUUUAGAAGGUCCUGGAAAAAUGAAGUAUAUUAGUCACCGAAGCCAAAAUGACAUGAUUGAUGCUUGUAAUAAGGUGUUAUUAAAUAAAGUGGUUUCUAAAGUCAAUGUAGCGAAAUGCUUUUCAAUUCUAGCAGACGAAACUGCUGACAUUUCAGGUAUCGAGCAAGUAUAA